UCACCAAGGCAACAAAAAUAAAUAAUUUUUAUUGACAAGCAGUCAGAAAAAAUAUUUCCAGAUUUUACGCAAACGAAUAAUUUCUACAAACAUCUUAUAUUUUCGAAGAUACAUUGAAUUAAUUUGAAGUUCACUAGCUGAUAAAAGAAGAUGCCACGCCUUAAGCCCACAACAAAAAUCGACGUUAUUGGCAAUUUGGAUUUGAGUCCGGAGAAGGCGGUUGGCGAUUACAUCGAAUCGAAGCAGCAGGAUGCAUAUUUUGUCAAACCACCGAAUUGGGAUUCAGCCGGCGACUCCAUUGAGCUGCUCUAUAUACGCAAUGAGCGCGAGCAUGCCGCAAUGUUGCGUCUACAAGAUGAAAUGCUUGAGAAUUCGAAGCGGCAGGCGGCCAGUAAUGCCAGUCGCAUACGCAAACUUUACAAGAUACACGCGCAUUUGCGUAAACGUUUCAUUGAGGUGAAUAAUUUCAUCAAAGAUUGUGAGGAUAAACGGCGUGUCGCUGAUAAGAAGAUAGCCGAAGAGAGGGCACUGCAUGCCGAGCUGGCGGAGAAUAUUGAGAAGUUCAAGCGCGCCAUAUGGGAGUUGGCCGAGUUUCGUGAGGUGCUGAAGGAGACUGUCAACGAAUUGGAGCCAUAUGAGACGGUCAUACAAGAGGUGGUGGAGAAAUCGGAAAUAUUCGAUUCGGUGAAAGAUUGCAUGGAUCGUUGCGAUGCGUUAAUGUUGGCGCAGGUGGAGAUAUCACGUUUGGAGCAGGAAAAAUUUAUGGAAAUCGAGGAGAUGCGCAAACGUAUGGUGAAGGUGACAAAUGAGGCAGCCUUAACGGUUUUGGGUUUGAAAAACGAUUUAGCCGAGCUGGAACGUUCUUAUAAUAAGGCGCGCAGCGAGUGUCUACAUUGGGAGCGUAUUUUAGCGAAUGCCAAAGAUUGUGUGGCCACAAAUGAGCUAAAUAAAGAUCGUGCGUUAGAUGGCAUACGUGAUAUUUACAGAAUGUUGCGACGCAGGCAGGGCCGUGAUCCCUUAUUCCAACGUCACGAAGUUGAAAAAGAAUUGGAUUUUAUUAAAGAUGAAAUUGAACUGCUGAAGGAAGUGGUUAAGGAGUGCAAUAAGACGCGUGCUGGCACUAAACGUGGAUAUGUUGAGAAGGUUGAGGACAGAUGCUAAAUUAUUAAUAUUUAAAUGAGAUGGUUAAAAAUAUGAAAUAUUAAAAAAAUAUAAAAAAUACAAAACAGGCGAAUUAUUAAAAAAAUAAAUAAACAAUUUAGAAAUUAAAAAAAAAA